AUGCCAGGCCGCAAGAAGACGACGACUGAAAGAGCACGUCAAUGGCUCAAAGGCGGCGGCGUUUUGCGCGAAGACUCUGACGACGAACUCGGUCUUGAUGAUCAUCCUUGGGAGUGGAUUUAUGAAGAACGCGAUGUGUCGUCCACCAAGUCGCGAAAGAGAAAGAGCAGUCAGGUGCAAGAGCCUCAAAGGGAAAUAGUCGGUGCUCGUAUGGGCAGUUUUCAGUGUAAGGUCGGAGACACUGUGCUGUUGAAAGCCGAAGGCAACGAAGCAUGGGUCGGCAUCGUUUGUGACCUCUUCGAUGGCGAUGUGGAUGCAGGCGAAGAUGAGAAACAGGCCAAAUUCAUGUGGUUCUCUACACCCAGUGAAAUCCGUAACAAGACGAAAAGACGGACUGAUUAUCUGGAAAACGAGCUCUAUAUCACCGCAAAUUUCGAUGAUAACCCCUUGACUACCAUCAACGGUACAGCAAUAGUGAUGUCCAAGGAUUCCUUUCUUCAAAAAUGGCCCACUGGAAAGAUCCCGCGUACAUCAAAGGAUUAUGGUAAAGUUUUCAUCUGUCAACGUGGAUGUAACACGCGGACAGCAACGUACACCGAGCCAUUCGUAUGGGAGGACGUCUACAGUGAAGAAGGAAACAUUGGUGAUUUACUCGAGUUGGUGAAGAACCAAACCAAAGAAACGCGAAAGCGUCAAGUACCAAAGGGGCCGAGUAAGGCAGAUUUGGAUGAGUUCGUCGCGCCGGAUGACGAAGACGACGUUCCGCAUACACCCAGAAAGCGCCGAAAGUUGAACGAUGCAACCACUCCUACGUCAAAACGAAAGGAUUUUACGCCACGCAAGUUUAUGACACCCACGCAUAAGCGCAUUGUUGUCAAAAAGCCGCUUGAGUUUACUCCUCUCGGGACCCGGGUCCUUUCCCCAAAUGUGCUUGCCUCGCCUUACCAAGUUGCGCGAAACCAGCUUCACGUAUCUUCCGUGCCCGCUUCCUUGCCUUGUCGAGAAGAUGAGUUUUCAACUGUCUAUUCGCAUCUUGAAGCGGCCAUUACCGAUGGCUCAGGGUCAUGCAUUUACAUAUCCGGCACGCCAGGGACCGGAAAAACAGCCACUGUCCGUGAAGUAGUUGCUCAACUCAACGCUUCGGUGAUGGCAGAAGAGCUCGACGACUUCAUAUUUGUCGAAAUCAACGGCAUGAAGGUCACUGACCCUCACCAAUCGUACUCGUUGCUCUGGGAAGCCUUACGCGGCGACAGAGUCAGUCCUUCUCAUGCUCUCGAAUUAUUGGAAAGAGAAUUUUCCAGCCCCAGUCCUAGGCGAGUGCCAUGCGUGGUGCUGAUGGACGAAUUGGAUCAGCUCGUGACCAAGAACCAAAGCGUCAUGUACAACUUUUUCAACUGGCCAGGCUUGCGACAUAGCAGGCUGAUUGUCCUCGCCGUCGCUAACACAAUGGAUCUUCCUGAACGCACUCUCAGCAACAAGAUCAGUAGUCGUCUAGGCCUUACGCGUAUCACCUUCCCGGGUUACACGCAUGACCAACUCAUGUCAAUUAUACAGUCGCGACUCAGCAACGUCCCCGGCAAUAUCGUCCACCCCGACGCCAUCCAAUUCGCCGCCCGCAAAGUUGCCGCCGUCUCUGGCGACGCUCGCCGCGCCCUCGACAUCUGCCGGCGCGCCGUCGAGCUCGCCGAAGCCACAGCCCUGGAGUCCACAGCAGCAGCAGCCGACACAGCACCCAACACGCCCAGUAAAACGCCGGGACGCGCUGCUGCGGCUUCUGCUGCUGCCACGGCAAAAACAACACCCACGGUCACUAUCGCCACAAUCAAACAAGCCAUCACCGAAGCAACCAGCAGUCCACUGCAGCAAGCCCUGCGCGCCCUCCCACUCGCAUCCAAGCUCUUCCUCGCCGCGCUGCUAGCCCGCGUGCGCCGCACCGGCAUCCAAGAAGCCGUGCUAGGCGACGUGCUAGAGGAGGCGCGCAACCUCGCGGCCAUGAGCCCGAACGAGCCCAUCCAGACGAUCCUGCUCGGCGAGGGCGAGUGGAACCACAGUAACAUCGACACGGCAAAGCCCGAUGCCCCGCGGCGGGGCCGGCCGGCUGGGACGAAAGCCGCCAUCGAGCGCCGUGCGCCGCGCGUGCUGGGGAUGGGGGGCGCGGCGGUGGAGUUGAUGGAGGCGGGGGUGGUGGGCGUGGAGACGAGGAGGGGGGAGCGCGUGGGGAGGGUGAGGCUGGGGGUUAGUGAUGAGGAGGUUAGGCUGGCGCUGAGGGACGAUGAGGAGGUGAGGGGGCUGGGGUUUGCUUAGUUACGUGCUUUGCGUGAUUUGAUAGGGUGGUGGCUGGAUUUGUACUGCAUGUCAUUGUCUUUGAAAGAUGUAUGAGAGGAAGUGUGCCUAAGUGUCCGAAUUGAGGAAGC